GUGAUGUUUUUGACUUUAUUUUAUGUUCACUCGACGUUUGAACGAACUUGAAAUUAAGAUUGCAUUAAUCCUCUAGUUCCACACUCCGUACAUAAAUAGACUUAAAAAUCAAAUGAAUUGAAGUGAUUCACGAAUAUGGCUCGCGGACCUAAGAAGCAUUUAAAGCGUUUAAACGCACCUAAAGCAUGGAUGUUGGAUAAGCUGGGAGGUGUUUAUGCGCCUCGGCCAUCCACUGGACCACAUAAACUCCGCGAGUGUUUACCGCUCGUCAUCUUUUUGAGGAACCGGUUGAAGUAUGCACUGACCGGUAACGAAGUUUUGAAAAUUGUGAAGCAGCGUUUGAUUAAAGUAGAUGGAAAAGUUCGAACUGACCCAACUUAUCCUGCAGGUUUCAUGGAUGUUGUGUCCAUUGAAAAGACAAAUGAAUUAUUCCGUUUAAUUUAUGAUGUUAAAGGCCGCUUCACAAUUCACAGGAUAACUCCUGAAGAAGCAAAGUACAAGCUUUGCAAGGUGCGCGCAGUGAGCACGGGUCCCAAGGGUGUCCCGUACCUAGUGACCCACGACGGCAGGACCAUCCGCUACCCAGACCCCCUCAUCAAGGUGAAUGACUCCAUCCAGCUGGACAUCGCCACCACCAAGAUCAUGGACUUUAUUAAGUUCGAAUCAGGUAACCUGUGCAUGAUCACCGGAGGAAGAAACUUGGGGCGAGUGGGCACCAUCGUGUCCCGUGAGCGCCACCCCGGCUCGUUCGACAUCGUGCACGUGCGGGAUUCCACCGGGCACACGUUCGCCACCCGCAUGAACAACGUGUUCAUCAUCGGCAAGGGCACCAAGGCCUACAUCUCGCUGCCGCGCGGCAAGGGUAUCCGGCUUACCAUCGCCGAGGAGCGGGACAAACGCAUCGCGGCUAAGGUCGCUCAGCAUUAGAUUUAAGCCUACAAUAAACACUUACGUCUAA